AUGAAACUUUCGGCAAAUAUCAUUGGAAUCAUAGCCUGCUCUGUUUUAAUCUUUGUGAGCUUAGUUGGAAAUGCCAUUUUGAUAUAUUGCACCUGGAGAUGCAUUGCAAGACGUCUGCCAACUUCCUUUGCUCUCAUUUUCAGCCUGGCAAUUGUACAUCUUCUUAAGAACUUAGUUGUAAAUACUAUGAAUAUUAUUUCUAGUGCUGGAAUUCCCUUUGAUUCUGCUGCUUGCAAAGUCGGACAGUUUGCUGCAUCAUUGACCACUGUUCUGGAGAUCUGGUUUACAUUGUAUAUUGCAGUCUUCUACUGUGUUAAACUCCAUCAAAAUGUCCAUCCACCGAAGACACCUCCAAAUGGAAAGUGGCGUAAACAUCACUUGAUAGCCAUAUUUAUGUUAUGGAUUGCUGGCAUGGCAUCUUGUUGUCCAUAUCUGAUUUUAAGGAAUAAAAUAGAAAUUAUUACGCCUCAAAAUAUUUCUUCAUCCUUUCAUUAUAGCUUUCUUUAUGAGGAAUGCAAAAUUACAUUUGAAGACUCAAACAUAGAAUUGUUUUACCUGCAAAUUUUUACUGCUAUCAUCAGCCUUGUUCCCUUGGUGAUUUUAGUUGUUGUUAGUUUUCGCAUAGUUGUCCUCCUUCGAGCGAGAAAGAAAUCCACAUAUAACAAUAUUUGGAUUGAGCGUGAUGCUUCAAUAAUAGAAGUUUUGCGGGCAUCUAAAAUAAUUAUUUCUCUUAUGUUUCUAGUGACAUCUUUAUCUGUCACCCAUUUUAUCUUAGUCUGCUUAUUGAAUUAUAUAACAUCCUGGUAUUUUACAUCAACCAUGCUUGUUGUUUUAUUUUCAGCAUACUCUAGUAUUUGUCCAUACUUACUUAUGCUGAUUAAUUACAAAAUUAGUUUAAAGAUAAAGUCUUUGAGGUCGUCCCCCUGCCCUGAUAAUAAAAAUAGCAUGUUCUCUGAUAUCCAAAAACCUGUACCUGAAAAUCAAAUUAUUGAGGACUAA